AUGGCCCGCAGCACGCUCCCCCCGGCCCUGGCCCUGGCCCUGGCCCUGCUGCUGGCCGUCUGCAGCCUCAGCCCCGCAGGUCUCGCGGGAGCAGUCCGCUGCAAUCUCCAGCCUGUGGACAACGAGGUGACGUACGUCACCAGCCAGGUUCCUUCGGGCUGCGUGGCGCAGGUGCCCAACGCCACCGUCGAAGUUCACGUCCUCCUCUUGGAGUUCCCCAGAACUCCGUCCCUGCUGAACCUGACCGUCCAGAUGUCCAAGCAGAAUGGCACCCCGGCCCGAGAGGUGCUACUGGUCCUCGGCCUAGACAAGAGAGUCUACCUGCAGCUGCAGGCCCCCGGAAUCCCGCUCCAGCUGGCUUAUCACCCCGAGAAUGUCAUCAACGAAAUACCCCAAGGAGUCAACACCAUAUUUCUGCCGGCCUCCAAGGGCGAGCUCCUCGCCUGGGCGGGUUCCAAGGGCGCCAUCGCCUCGGUCGCUGUGCUGAACAACCCCAAGAGCAUCCUCCUCCGCCCGGACCAAGCCCCGAGGUCACCGUCCUCCUGCAACCUCCAGCCCAACGCGGACAUGGGCCGCAGGCUCGAGUGGUGGCCGCACACGGAGGGCUCCGUCCGCAGCUGCCGCCUGGAGGGUGUGGCUGGCCACAAGCAGGCGCACAUCCUGAGGGUCCUGCCGGGCUCCGGCUCUGAAGACAAGCCCCGGACGGUGACCGUGGAGGUGAAGCUGAGCUGCACUUCGGGGGACCCUGAUGCUGUGCUCAUCCUGCAGGGCCCCCCCUACGUGUCCUGGCUCAUCGACGCCAACCACAGCAUGCAGAUCUGGGCCACUGGCAAAUACUCCCUCAAGAUCUUUCCAGACAAGAGCAUCAACGACCACAACCACGUGCUCCCAGACACACCCCAAGGCCUGCUCGGGGAGGCCGGGAGGCUCAAUGCCAGCAUGGUGGCGUCCUUCGUGGAGGUCCCUCUGGCCAGCGUCAUCUCUCUGCAGGCCAGCAGCUGUGUGCCUGUCCUGCCCGCUCUGCUGCCCACAGGUAGGCCUCAGACCUCACCCACCCCUGAGCAGACCACCCCUCCCAAGGAGAGCUGCAACGAGAACCUGCUCAUGGCCCUGCUGCACCCCAACUGCUCCGACGACACCAUGACUCUGGAGCUCAAGAAAAACCUUAUCUUGACUCUGAGGUGCGACAUCAGCAGCCUGACCUUCCUGGACCCUGGCUGCCAGGCUGAGGACAGGGGCGACCAGCUGGUCCUGCACAGCACCUACUCCAGCUGCGGCAUGAAAGUGACAGACAACGUGGUCACCAAUGAGGUGGUCGUCGGCCUCCUGUCCAGCUCAUCACCGCAGCGGAAAACCGUGCAGUGCAUUCACACGAAGAGCAUCUCCUUGCAGCUGGGCCUCUACCUCAGCCCGCAGUUCCUGCAGGCCUCCGACGCCAUCGAGCUGGGCCAGCAGGGCUUCGUGCAGGUGAGCAUGGCCCCGCAGAGCCGUGAGGUCAUGCUCAAGCUGGACAGCUGCCAGCUGGACCUGAGGCCCGAGGUGGACCCCGUGCAGCUCAUCCAGAACCAGGCGGCCAAGGGCAACUGUGUGAGCCUGCUGGACCCCGGCCCCCGCGGCGACCUGCGCUUCAGCUUCCUCCUCCGCGGCUACAUGGUGCCCACGCCCACGGCCGGCACCCUCAGCUGCACCGUGGCCAUGCGUCUCGAGACGUCAUCCCUGGAGGUCCGCAGGCCCGUCUCCAUGCACCUGAACAUCGUCAGCCCUGACAUGCCUGGCAAAACCCUCGUCCUGCCCGCUGUGCUGGGCAUCACCUUCGGCGCCUUCCUCAUCGGGGCCCUGCUCACCGCUGCACUCUGGUACAUCUACUCGCACACACGUCCCCCCAGCAAGCGGGAGCCCGUGGUGGCGGUGGCUGCCCCGGCCUCCUCCGAGAGCAGCAGCACCAACCACAGCAUCGGGAGCACCCAGAGCACCCCCUGCUCCACCAGCAGCAUGGCGUAG